CAGCGUUGUAUAUUGAUUUUUUCUCUCCUUUUAAAUACACAGCAUUUACGGUCCGAUUUGUUACGAGACGUUUCAUUUGGGAAUACGAUCCAACACUAGAAAUGAUUUACAGACAUCGUGGAUUCUUCCCAGAGGAGCUAGCACCUGUAGAUUUUGAAAUCUUGGACACAGCUGGUCAGGAAGACAAGACCGAAGAGAAGAUGAGAUGGGCUGAUGCCUUUAUAAUCAUGUACUCCAUUGCAGACCGAUGUAGUUUCGAUGAGGUCAUGCGUCUUAAAUUCCUCUGUUCAAGGGCGACGUCGAAACGAUCCUACGAACCCGCCAUCCUCAUUGUUGGGAACAAGCGCGAUCUCGAAUACGACCGUAUAGUUGAGUUCGAUGAGGGAGAAGAUCUCGCACGGAGUCUCGGUUGUGCGUUCCUUGAAGUAUCAGUACGUGAGUCUUACGAUGAAGUCUACGGUGCCUUCGAAAAGCUCAUGAGUGAGUACCGAGUACGGAAGCGUACCGGCCCAUCGACGAUGACGCAAAAGUUUUCUUUGCGGAAAAAGAACAGUGUUUCCAAAAUGGACCUAGACAAUUGCCCGCCUCGGCCGAGAGAACGUUCAACCAGUUUUGUGACUCCCAUGGGAUUAAUGAAUCGAAAAUUUGAACAUUCGGUAAUGGAUAAUCUUUCUGAUAACGAAGCGGUAGAAUGACCGGUAACCGCUUCGAUUGACAAUAAAUUUAUCGCAGUCUAUGAGCUGUAACAUCACAACUAGGCGUUGAACGCUAAUGAUCUCAAGAUUACAAGAAUGCAUGGUCAGAAGAACAAACACCGGGAUAGAUGCCACUAUGAGGGACUUGACGGAAAGUUCCUUAGACCGCUAGAUACUACAAUGUUAUAAAACAUACCGACGCUUCUCUAACUUGCCUGCGGGGAAUUUGCACUACAUAAAUUGCAAAAUGUUGUGUGUGUGUCUGCACUAUUCUAGUAGGAUUUAUUGUUCUCGGCAAAUUUCCUGCCCUGGAUUUGUAACGUAAAGUUCCUGCUGUAAACUGUUUCAAUAUGUUAAUUGCCUUUGACAUUAACUGUUGUAAGUGUCCUUCGUUAAGAAUCACAUUGAUUGACGAAAAGGACUAAAUUACUCACUUUUCAAUCUUAUUCCUAAUCGGAAAAAUAAGAUGACUUAUGAUCUUAUAUAUUUUGCAGUCGGUGUUUAACUUUAGAACAAUGGUCUAAGUCUCCACUAAAAUCACUAGCGUAUCUAAGGUAUCGUACUUUGAAAUUGAAGACCCCUUUUGUUUGCUUGUCAAUUUUUUUCGGGUACGAAAUCCUUUAUUCGUGGGUGAAGACC